GGAAGCGGAAACGACGCUCGCACCGCCUCUUAGUACCACUGGCUGGCUCCGGAAGCUACGCUUUUUUACUUUGCUCUUAGGUCUCCUGUCACCAUGGUGCUGGCUGUCCUGCGGGUCCUGGAGCCCUUCCCGACUGAGACACCCCCGUUGGCGGUGCUGUUGCCGCUCGGGGGCCCGUGGCCUGCGGCGGGGCUGGGCCAGGUGCUGGCUCUGCGGCCUGCAGGAGAGAGCCCUGCAGGGCCAGCGUUGCUAGUAGCGGCCCUAGAGGGGCCGGGUGCGGGGACUGAAGAGCAGGGCCCUGGACCCCCGCAGCUGUUUGUUAGCCGAGCACUGCUGCGACUCCUGGCUCUGGAUUCCGGGGCAUGGGUGCGGGCGCGGCCCGUGAGGCGGCCCCCAGCGUUAGGCUGGGCGCUGCUUGGCACCUCGCCGGGGCCGGGGGUCGGGCCGCGGGUCGGGCCGCUGCUGGUGAGGCGCGGAGAGACUUUGACAGUCUCCGGACCGCGGGUGCUGGAGACACGGCCAGCCUUGCAAGGGCUACUGGGCCCAGGAACGCGGCUGGCUAUGACGGAGCUGCGAGGGCGGGCUACAAAGGGCCCGGAUCUUGGGGACAACAGCCAGCCCCCACCCCCGCCCGUGGUGUCCUCCUUCGCGACUCAGGCCACAGUCCGACAACUCCGGGGAGUUCUGGGAGGGAGUGGAGACUCACUGGGGGUGAGCAAGAGGUGUCUCCGGGGCCUCGGCCUCUUCCAGGGCGAAUGGGUGUGGGUGGCCCGGGCCGAAGAGUUCUCGAACUCCAAACCGCACUUAGCCACGGUGCUGGCCCUGGAGCCUCGCUGGGACCUCUGUGAGAGGCUGGGACCCGGGUCUGGACAGCUGGGAGAGCCCCUCGCUGACGGACUGGCCCUCGUGCCUGCCACUCUAGCAUUUAAUCUUGGCUGUGACCCUCUGGAAGUGGGAGAGCUCAGAAUUCAGAGGUACUUGGAUGGCUCCAGCGCCCCCAAAGACAAAAGAAGCUGCUCAGUACUACCUGGGCCUCCGUUUGCCAGAGAAUUACACGUGGAAAUUGUGUCCUCUCCCCAUUACAGCACUAAUGGAAAUUAUGACCAUGUUCUUUUCUGGCACUUUCAGACACCCAGGGUAGUCCAGGAAGGGGAUGUUCUGUGUGUGCCAACAGUUGGGCAAGUAGAGAUCCUGGAAGGAAGCCCAGAGAAACUGCCCAGGUGGUGGGAGAUGUUUUUUAAGGUGAAGAAAACAGUCGGAGAAAGCUCAGAUGAGCCAGCCAGUGCCUACUUGGCUGACACCACCCAUACCUCCUUGUACAUGGUGGGUGCCACCAUGAGCCCUGUACCAGCACUCUCCUCAGGAGAACACACACUCUGGAACAGCCUGUCUCCCCCAGGCCUGGAGGUCUUGGUGACAGAGCUCUGUGCUGCCCUGAAGCCUCGCCUCCAGCCAGGUGGUGCCCUGCUGACGGGAGCUAGCAGUGUUCUUCUCCUGGGGCCCCCAGGCAGUGGGAAGAGCACAGCAGUUGCUGCUGCCUGCAGCCGCCUGGGUCUCCACUUAGUGAAGGUGCCCUGCUCCAGCCUCUGUGCGGACAGCAGCCGGUCUGUGGAGUCCAAGCUGCAGGCAGCUUUCUCCCGGGCCCAACGCUGCCGACCCGCAGUCCUGCUGCUGACGGCUCUGGACCUUCUGGGCUGGGACCGUGAGGGACUAGGUGAGGACGCCCGUGUGGUGGCUGCCCUGCGUCACCUCCUCCUCAGUGAGGACCCCCUCACCAGCUGCCCUCCCCUGAUGGUUGUGGCCACCACGAGUCGGGCUCAGGACCUGCCUGUUGAUGUGCAGACAGCCUUCCCACAGGAACUGGAAGUGCCGGUUCUGUCAGAGGGCCAGCGGCUCAGCAUCCUGCAGGCCCUCACUACCCACCUUCCCUUGGGCCAAGAGGUGAACCUGGCCCAGCUGGCGCAGCACUGUGCUGGCUUUGUGGUGGGGGAUCUUUAUGCCCUUCUCACCCACAGCAGCCGGGCAGCGUGCACCAGGAUCAAGAACUUGGGUUUGGCAAGUGGCUGGAGCGAGGAGGAUGAGGGGGAGCUGUGUGCAGCUGGCUUCCCCCUCCUGGCGGAGGACUUCGGGCAGGCGCUGGAGCAGCUGCAGGCAGCACACUCCCAAGCUGUCGGUGCCCCCAGGAUCCCCUCAGUGUCCUGGCAGGAUGUGGGUGGGCUUCAGGAUGUGAAGAAGGAGAUUCUAGAGACCAUUCAGCUCCCUCUGGAGCACCCCGAGCUGCUGAGCCUGGGCCUUAGGCGCUCAGGCCUCCUGCUCCAUGGACCCCCUGGCACUGGCAAGACCCUCCUGGCCAAGGCUGUGGCCACUGAGUGCAGCCUUACCUUCCUCAGUGUGAAGGGGCCAGAGCUCAUCAACAUGUACGUGGGCCAAAGUGAGGAGAAUGUGCGGGAAGUAUUUGCUCGGGCCAGAGCCGCAGCUCCAUGCAUUAUCUUCUUUGAUGAACUGGACUCUUUGGCCCCAAGCCGGGGGCGAAGUGGAGAUUCUGGAGGAGUGAUGGACAGGGUUGUGUCUCAGCUCCUUGCUGAGCUGGACGGGCUUCACAGCACUCAGGAUGUGUUUGUGAUUGGAGCCACCAAUAGGCCAGACCUUUUGGACCCUGCCCUGUUGCGUCCUGGCAGAUUUGACAAGCUGGUGUUUGUGGGGGUGAGCGAGGACCGUGCCUCCCAGCUGCGGGUUCUGAGUGCCAUCACACGCAAAUUUAAGCUGGAGCCCUCUGUGAGCCUGGUGAGUGUGCUGGACCACUGCCCUCCCCAACUGACAGGUGCUGACCUCUAUUCCCUCUGCUCUGACGCCAUGACAGCUGCUCUCAAACGCAGGGUUCGUGACCUGGAGGCAGGACUGGAGCUGGGGAGUAGUUCAGCCCUGCUGCUCACCAUGGAGGACCUACUGCAGGCUGCCACCCGGCUGCAGCCCUCCAUCAGCGAGCAGGAUCUGCUCCGGUACAAGCGUAUCCAGCGCAAGUUUGCUGCCUGCUAGGAGCCUCCUGCAUUCUAGGAGCCCAUCCACAAUUAUUAAAGGUGCCUCAGAGACCUGAGAGGAAGGAAGAGGCACUUCUUCAGG